GCAUGUCUCUGCAGUGGCAGUCUGAUCUCCUACAGAUCAAACUCAUCGAUCGGUGACUUCUUCCUGAUUUUCACCACUCUCUGAUCUUCUCUAUCUGCGUUUCACCAAUCCUCAUCAGUUCACCGACCGAGACCAGCUGCCAUGAAGAGCACUGGCAAGGCGGCUGAUUUCCUGAGGAAGGCGGUGGGCGCGCUGCGGGGGAAGGCCGCCGUGCUCCGCGCCCGCCUCCUCUUCCUCGCCUCGCUCCGCCGCAGGACGGCCGUGGUCGCCGGGAUAUCCCGCCACAUCCGCGCGCUCACGCCGCGCCAGGGCCAAGGCCGGGACAAGGCGGCGGCGGCGCAGUGCCAAGCCACGGCCGCCGUCGCGGACGACGAGAACGUCGUCGGCCUCCCCGUCCCCGAGCUGGCUCGCCUGUUCGAACAAGUAGCCGACGAGGACGGCGACGGCGGGUACGCCGAGUGGGCGCUCACGCUGCGCUCGCUGUUCGACGACGACGAGGACAGCGAGCGCCGUGCGGCCGCGGCACCCGCCGUGGACGGGCUCGACGACGUCGGCCAGGAGGAGGAGCCGUCGGUGAUCGACGUCAUCAGGAGCCGCUUGGAGGGCGACGGCCGGGAGUUCAGGAUCGAGGACGAGAUCGACCGCGCCGCCGACAUGUACAUCGCCAGGGUCCGCCGCCGGAUCGUGAACGCGGAGACGGCCGGAGAUUGCUGAAGCCAGUGGCAGUGGCAUCCAGUAGUAGUAGUUCGUUAAUUUUCACAUGCAUGCCUGAGAUUUGACCAAGCACAUGUACCAGGUUUUCAGUUUGGUUCCUCCUUUUCAGUUGACCUUUGCACUGGAGUAGCUAAAUUAGCCGAUUCGGCUGAAAGCUGACUGUUGUAUAAAAGGGAUUAAUAUUUUGUAUGUAUAGUACGUUGAUGUAAA